AUGGGGCCUGUUGGCGGACCUGCUCCCGGAUUGACAAAUGUGGUGAUUCUGUCAAAGAUACCACAGGGUGCAACGGAGCAGCAGAUAUCUUCUGCAGCUGGCCGGCCGGAUGAAAUUUUGCAGGUGAGUUUCAGACCUGCAGACCCAGAGGGUCCUGGCUGGGCCAUUGUAGCCUUUGCUACUCCAGAAAUUGCCAAGGCCUCGCGAGAUCGUUUAGAUGGCAAGCCUUUUCUUGGUGGCAACGCCUUGAUUGACGCGGCUCUUGGUGAAGGUCUUUUUGGAAAAGUGCGGAGCACCAACGAUCAGGACAGCCCGUGGAAAGAAGCUCGCACGAAAGAGGGGCAGGUCUACUACUACCAUGCUGUCACGCGGCAAACUACCUGGGUGAAACCGCCUCCUGAAUUUCCUUCUGCAGCGCAGAUGAUGGCAGGCCGAGGCGCGCAAAAUCGGUCCAAUCCCGGGGCGCAGGCCCAAGCUGCCAUUCGCGCAGCUCAAGAUGUGGUUGCUGCUGCUCAUGGCACAGAUCCUGCUGGUUCCACAGCUUCUGGCCCUGUGGGAGCAAACCUCUUUGUGUACCACAUCCCCAACAGUUGGGAUGAUCACAUUCUACGUCAACACUUUGAGCACUUCGGCAAGAUUUUGAGUUGCAGGGUCCAGAAGGAUGAUAGUGGACGACCUCGUGGGUUCGGCUUUGUCUCCUUCGAUGCGCCGGCAUCUGCUCAGGCUGCCAUUGCAGGGAUGCACGGUUUUCCCGUCGAAGGGAAGUGGCUGAAGGUCCAGCUCAAGAAAGGAGACGAGCAGCAAAUCGAGCAGGCCAAAGAGCAACUGGGAAGCAUGCCCGGCAUUACUGUGAACCAGGUCACGCCAGCAACCCCGCCUCCGCCAGCUCCGCCUCCUCCAGCACCACCUGCUCCUCCAGCUCCUCCAGAGGUGUUCUCAGGCUGUCCUGCUCACACUUGUCAUGCUGGCACACUGACACAGGCUCGAGAGCGAGUUCCGAAGCAGGCUGGAAAGAUGACAAGUCCGGGUGAGAAAGGGAAGAAAGGCUUUGGCAAAGGCGAUGGGAGCAAGGGCUUUGAUGGUGGCAAGGGCUUCGACGGUGGCAAGGGUUUUGAUGGUGGCAAGGGCUUUGGUUGUGAUGGUGGGAAGGGCUUUGGUUGUGAUGGUGGGAAAGGCUUCGGAGGUGACGGAGGCAAGGGCUUUGGAUUUGACGGCAAGGGCUGCUACGACAGCAAAGGGGGCCAGGGAUGGAGUGAAGGCAAAGGCUUUGAUAGCUUUGGCGACGGGAAGGGGUUUGGCAAAAAGGGUUUGGCAAAAGGAAACUUUCGACCAGGUGGUGGAAAUCCAUGCAAGGUGCCAAUGAAAAGCAUCCCAGAACCGCAUGAGUUCUUCAAGGUCAACAUACAUGAGGAAAGGACUGCAGCAUAUAUCGCAAGAAGUAUGCCAUUUCUCAUCUUCCUUGUUACUGUUUGUCUUUUGAUUCUUGGAGUCCUGCGGAAUGCAGUGCUGCUGCUGACCAUCACAGCAGCGCUCAAUGUUGCGAUGUGGCUCUGGGUGGUUUCAAUGGCCCUCACUUGCAUGUAUGGAGUGAUUCAAUCGCAGGAAAUGAUAGAUAAUGCGAAUGAGAAGGAAUCAGAAAGGCAACCGACGGAAUCAAAGGUCACUGUGCGGCACAUUGUCGUCAUACCCAACUACAAGGAAUCCGAGAGCAUUCUGACGGACACCCUGCGGAGCCUGCACGAGGCCAAAGAGAGGCUCAGCGCUCUGCAGUCCAAGAAGGACUUCACUGUGGUGAUCGCGAUGGAGGAGAGAGAAAAAGAUGCAAAGAUCAAGUACACAAAGCUAAAGGAGCAAUAUGAGGGAAAAUUCGAGAUGAUGGUGACUUUCCAUCCAAAAGACCUCGAGGUGACGCACAUGGAUGGGAGUGUAGAGCCUGAGGUGAAGGGAAAAGCUUCAAAUCUCAAGCAUGCAGUUCAGGAGGUUUGCAAGAAGUUUGACAAAGAGGAGAGCUCCAAAAAGAACGUUUUGACGGUGAUUGACGCGGAUGUCAUUUUGCAUCCAAUGUAUUUUCAGCACAUCAGCCAUGACAUUGCAAGCAUGGAGGACAGAGGAGAAGAUCCGUCAUACACUUUUUGGCAGGCUCCUCAGUUGCCUUGGCGCAACUUUUACACCUGUCCAGUCGUUUCACGCGUGUGGGGGUACAUCAGCUCUCUUUGGGAAUUCGGUGGCGUCUCCGGACUGAUCUACGGCUCACACCACAUGGUGUUCAGCGCGUACAGUGCUCCACUGGAUCUAGCAAAGAAUGCUGAAUGUUGGGAUGGUGACGUCAUUGCAGAGGAUCAUCAUGCCUUUCUGAAGGCCUGGUUCUACGCCGUGUUCCAGAAGACCCAGGCUGCGGCCUGCCCUUGGGUUCAAGUUAAGCCUGUCAUGCUUCCAUCAAAGUCAACAUCCGUGCAAUCAGACGAUGACUACUGGUCAUCUUGGAGUGAGCGCUGGGAUCAGGCCAAGCGCCAUGCGCAAGGUGUUGCAGAGCUGUCCUAUGCACUGCUGGCAGCAUGGGACAUGCUCACUUCGCUGCCGGUUACAUCAUUGGGGCCAGAUUUCUUGUGGAGGCUGCUGAAAGUCGUCUUCAAACCCUUUAUGAUGCACAUUGUCUCAACACUCCAAGCCAUUUCCUUGCUGGUUUUAACCUUGUAUUGGCUUGCAAGUGGUAACGAAAUCCCCUGGUGUCCAAAGCAGCUUGUUCUAACUAAUUUGAUGACCCAAGGAGACACCCUUCUUUGUGGGUUGGCGGGAGCAUGGGUGCUCGCAUGGCCAGUUGUGAUCCCCUUCAUUCUCCUGAUCGCGGCAAACUUCAUGAUGAUUCGAGUUUGCUUCAUUCUACCUGGCAACAUGAAGAAGGACCAGGAAAGCUGCUGGGAGGAGGCUGAUGGUGCAGUGAAGCCAUGGGAGAGCUCUUUCCUUGGGCCAUUUGCAGGCUCUAAGCAAUUCACCGCUCUCUGCCUUCUUCUCAUGGAUGUCUUGAUCUUUUUCGGCCCCAUCAUGGCGGUCUAUGGUGUUCUGGUCGAGAUUCUCGCUUACUGCAACGUGCUUGUACGUGGAAACCGCUUUGAGUACAAAACAGCUUCCAAGAGUCUUGCAAGUGGCAAGGAGGUGAACAAGUCAUAUGGCUCCUGUGAGGGCAUGGAUUCUACCCAGGAAACUCCUGCACUUCAAAAAAAUACUGAGUCUGAUGAUGUUGAGACAGGCCAGAAAUAG